AUGUAGGGUCGGUUCUGCCGCGCCCACAGUCGGCCAUCGCGAAGCGUCUGCGACAGCUGCGUUAUCAUAUCAAGAGGCGAAACACCGGCUGUGCGUUCUCUCUCUCAUUCCAGCAAGUGAACCAGCGAUGGCCAACAGGAAUCCCAAGAUUAAAUACACCCAGCUCUUUAUCAACAACCAGUUUGUGGAUGCUGUUUCUGGAAAGAAGUUUGCCACCAUUAACCCAGCUACUGGCACGAAGAUCAUAGAUGUUGCCGAAGGUGACAAGGCUGAUGUUGAUCGAGCAGUUGCAGCUGCCAAGGCAGCUUUCAAAAGAGGAUCUGAAUGGAGGAAUAUGGAUGCUUCAGCAAGGGGCAAGCUAAUGAAUAAGCUUGCUGACUUGAUUCAGAGAGACAUUGAGUACCUGGCCAGUGUGGAAACUCUGGACAAUGGGAAACCGUAUGGAGACUCCCUGUUUGACAUCAAUAUGGCAAUUGAUACACUUCGUUACUUUGCUGGAUGGGCAGACAAAAUUCAUGGGAAUACUAUUCCAUCAGAUGGAAAUUUCUUCACAUAUACACGAAAGGAGCCGGUGGGUGUGGUGGGGCAGAUUAUUCCGUGGAACUACCCUAUUCUGAUGUUGGUCUGGAAGUGGGGCCCUGCUCUGGCUGCUGGCUGUACCAUCGUACUGAAGCCUGCCGAGCAGACGCCACUCACAGCUCUGUAUGUGGCUGCGCUUACCAAAGAGGCAGGGUUUCCCAAUGGUGUUAUCAAUGUAAUAACAGGGUUUGGACCAACAGCUGGAGCUGCUCUUUCUAUGCAUCCUGACAUCAACAAAAUUGCAUUUACUGGAUCUACUGAGGUUGGUCAUUUGAUCAUGGAGGCAUCAGCGAAGUCCAACUUGAAAAGAGUAUCUCUGGAACUUGGUGGAAAGAGCCCGCUAGUAGUGCUUUCUGAUGCUGAUGUUGAUGAAGCUGUUGAGAUUGCUCACACUGCCAUAUUCGCCAACCAUGGUCAGAACUGCUGUGCUGGAUCAAGAACUUUUGUACAAGAGGACGUGUAUAGUGAAUUUGUUAAAAAAGCAACAGCUAAAGCUGUAGCACGAAAAGUGGGGGAUCCUUUCAGUGAUGGCACCGAGCAGGGGCCUCAGAUUGACCAGGAUAUGUUUGAGAAGGUACUUGGUUUAAUAAAAUCAGGAAAGGAACAAGGAGCUAGACUUGAAUGUGGAGGAGAUGCUGUUGGUGGGAAAGGCUACUUCAUUAAGCCAACGGUCUUUUCCAAUGUUAAUGAUAACAUGAGAAUCGCUAAGGAAGAGAUAUUUGGUCCAGUCCAAUGUAUUAUAAAAUUCAAAACACUAGAAGAAGCAAUCGAGAGAGCUAAUAACACAACUUAUGGAUUGGCAGCUGGAAUAAUCACAAAGGACAUAAAUAAAGCUCUUGUGUUUGCACAUGCUGUAGAAGCUGGUUCUGUAUGGAUAAACUGUUAUGAUGCUGUAACAUCACAGGCACCAUUUGGAGGAUUCAAACAGUCAGGCUAUGGCAGAGAACUGGGAGAAGAUGCUCUGAAAGAAUAUACAGAAGUAAAAACAGUUUCUGUUAAGCUGCCAGUAAAAAACUAAGCUAACAUACAACAGAGAUUUAAAGCUGAUUCUUGAUGUGAUGUGUAAUGCCUAAAAUACCAGUGACAAGACUUAAGCAAGAGAUGUUUUUGAAGAUUCACAUGUUUUGAUAAAUAAUGCCUGGAUGUAAUACAAAAAUUAUUAAAACUUGCCCUAUAUAGCCCAGACAA